UCUCUCUCUCUCUCUCUGAGGUAGCAGAGGCUCUUCCCAUUUGGGUUUCUCUAUUUUCGUCUGAAAUGGCGAGAACUCCCAUCUCCUUGAUGGGGCUUCUGCUCUUGUGUUUCUGGGCAGCCUUUGCAGAAGCAGAAAACCUUAAAUAUAAAGACCCAAAACAGCCAUUGAAUGUUAGAAUUAAGGAUUUGAUGCGCCGGAUGACUUUGGAGGAAAAGAUCGGUCAAAUGGUGCAGAUUGACCGCACUGUUGCAUCCGCGGAGGUGAUGAAGAACUACUUCAUUGGGAGCAUAUUAAGUGGGGGAGGGAGUGUUCCAGCCAAGGAGGCUUCUGCAGAGACAUGGAUUGACAUGGUGAAUGAUUUCCAAAAGGGUUCUUUAUCCACCCGCCUUGGAAUUCCAAUGAUUUAUGGCAUUGAUGCUGUUCAUGGCAACAACAAUGUCUACAAGGCAACCAUUUUCCCCCACAAUAUUGGGCUUGGAGCUACCAGAGACCCAGAACUUGUCAAGAGGAUUGGAGCUGCAACUGCGCUUGAAGCUAGAGCAACAGGGAUUCCAUAUGUUUUUGCACCUUGUAUAGCGGUUUGUCGAGAUCCAAGAUGGGGAAGAUGCUAUGAAAGCUACAGCGAAGAUCCCAAGGUUGUUCAGGCAAUGACUGAGAUUGUGUCGGGGCUACAAGGGGAGUUACCCACUCACUCUCCCAAGGGUGUCCCGUUUGUUGCCGGAAGAAACAAGGUUGCAGCUUGUGCCAAGCACUAUGUGGGUGACGGAGGAACAACCAACGGCAUAAAUGAAAACAACACGGAGAUAAGCAGACAUGGGCUGCUCAGCAUACACAUGCCAGGCUACUACAACUCCAUCAUCAAGGGUGUCGCCACCAUCAUGGUCUCCUACUCCAGCUGGAAUGGGGUCAAGAUGCAUGCCAACCAUGAUCUUGUUACCGGCUUCCUCAAGAACACUCUUCGUUUCAGGGGUUUUGUUAUCUCAGAUUGGGAGGGUAUCGACAGGAUCACCUCUCCUCCUCAUGCUAACUACUCAUAUUCUAUCCAAGCUGGAAUUCAUGCCGGCAUUGAUAUGGUCAUGAUUCCAUUCAACUAUACAGAAUUCAUUGAUGGUCUAACCUUCCAAGUAAGGAAUAAAAUCAUCCCCAUGACCCGAAUUGAUGAUGCAGUGAAGAGAAUAUUGCGGGUCAAGUUUGUGAUGGGUCUGUUUGAGAACCCAUUGGCUGAUCGGAGCCUGGUCAACCAGCUAGGAAGCCAGGAGCAUAGAGAAUUGGCUAGGGAAGCUGUUAGGAGAUCACUGGUGCUGUUGAAGAAUGGCCAAUCUGCAGAAAAGCCAUUGUUGCCUCUUCCCAAGAAGGCAUCCAAAAUACUUGUUGCCGGCAGCCAUGCUGACAAUUUAGGUUUCCAGUGCGGUGGGUGGACAAUUGAGUGGCAAGGACUUAGCGGCAACAACCUCACUAGUGGUACCACAAUUCUGAAUGCCAUUAAAAAUACCGUUGAUUCAGACACCAAAAUAGUCUACGAGGAGAACCCAGACGCCGACUAUGUCAAGACAAACAAAUUCUCCUACGCCAUUGUUGUAGUAGGAGAGCUCCCAUACGCAGAGACUAAUGGAGACAGCCUGAAUUUGACAAUCCCUGAACCCGGCCCAACCACCAUUAAGAAUGUCUGUGGAGCUGUGAAAUGUGUUGUUGUCAUCAUCUCCGGCCGUCCUGUCGUGAUCCAGCCAUAUAUUUCCUCCAUAGAUGCCCUGGUUGCCGCCUGGCUGCCGGGAACGGAAGGCCAAGGAGUCGCCGAUGUGUUGUUUGGUGACUAUGGUUUCAGUGGCAAGCUUUCACGCACGUGGUUCAAGACGGUUGAUCAACUUCCAAUGAAUGUGGGGGAUCCACAUUAUGACCCGCUAUUCCCAUUCGGGUUUGGCAUCACUACAAAACCCGCCCAGGCCAACUAGGAUGAUCACCUUUAACUUAUUGCAUUCGUUAAUAACAAAAUAAGUAACAUUUGAUGGUUUUGAUGAUUAGUGAUUGUUACAAACAAAAAGAAUUACAGAAAAUAUAUAUAUGAUAUCCAUAAUAAGCUACAAAGAUUGGUGCUAGAUUUUCAUGUUCUUC